AUGGGGGCGUCCCAAUCCUCAAUGCGUAGGAAAGAGCAACGCAGAAUCAACAAAGCAAAACACCACCUCCAACGGCAAUACGAUGGAAACUGGCAUUGGCGUCCCGAUGGCAAAUUCAAGCAUCCGCGUAUGGAUCAACCCCAGCUGGACAAUCGUAUUUUGGAGCUCGAGGAUGCGAAGCAUAUGUACCGAAAGCGUCGAUAUCUGAAUGUUUGGGGGAACAGUGAACACGAGAAGUUUCCCGACAUCGAUACCUAUUAUAGCCCAGACAGAGAGUAUCCCCGUCGACUUAUAGUGCAAGCAACUGCAAGUGCCCUACAGGAUGAUGAGCCUCGCCACUGGGGCCGUCGCAAAGUCAAGGGGCACACACCGCUGAUAAUCAAAGUGGCUGAGCUUUGUUUGAAUCCCCUGGGGCUGACCGAGCACGAUGCGAAUAUUAAUGACGAGGAUGACGUUGAGGUGAAGAGCAAGGAGUUGAGCAAGACGUGGGCUGCGAGAAUCGGUCAAUCUAUACUGCAUUACUUCUUGUCCAUCCUGGCCACUCUGACAACUGGGUGGAUUAUUCAGUUGCUUCUAUCCUUCCAGAUUGUCACUGCGCCAUGGACGGAUGAUGGAUCCGCGGAACCAUAUGACGAGUAUGAGAAUACCCAGUGGUACUGGCCCAAACACGCCGUCAACGUACUGGACCAGUCACCCAAAAACAAGAGGUCUCAAUCACAACUCACUACACUCACCAUUCCUCGCCGGUUAGUGGUAAGAGAUCCACAAACUGGGGAGUGGGUGGUCAGAAAAACAGUAGAUCUUCGCGAUCAGAGAACCGGCAUGCUUCGACCUUAUAUCUUCUUGAGUUUCUCACGAGCGAAUUAUAUUGGAAAGGGAGAAAGCGAGAUGCGACAAUUCUUCUACCAAGUGGCUGAGAAAACGCUCGAGCAUGAGAACUUGAAUAGAAGAGAUGCAGAAGAACCCCCAAUGGACGCAUUUUGGUGGGACCUCGACUGUGUUUCCCCAAGUGAUCCAAUGGACAUAACUCCCGAUCAACUAGCAGAGUCCAGCCGUACCAAGGAUGUAAACUCCAUUUGCGACGCGGUUCGCUGUGCCAGACGUGUCUACGUUGUUCUACCCGAUGAUAGCUCCAACACCAAACUAGUAUGGGGACAGCGGAUCUGGACACUGCCAGAAGUCCUGCUCGCAACCGGCAAAAUUCGAUACUGCUUCAAGGAUCCAAAUAUCAAAGAUGGUGUAAUGCAGAUUCUCGAUGUGACUUUGACCGACAUGUAUGAAAGCUUCUGGCCGGGAUCUGCCUCUCGAUCCCAAUUAUGUGACAAUGAUCACAAGGCCGAAGUUGUCCCGAGCGACGAGCAACAUGAAGACGCAAUAGCCCAUCUUAUACACCAUUAUACAGGUACAAUCAAUCUCAGCGAAACUCAGUUGUUCACUUGCGCCAUUCAAGCCAUGGCGACACUAGGCACUCGUCGGUUCGUGGAGGGCUAUACAACAAAGGAUGUGGCCUACGCUUCUAUGGGGCUGUUGUCGUAUAGAAUCACGCCCUGUCCCUCAGACAAUCCAUUCCAAGCCAUCGCAAGGUUGUCUCUCAUAAAUGACAGUAACAAGACACUUGAACGCUUAACCUGCCUGAUGCCAUAUCCAAUCACCCAUGAGCAGAAGCGACUCACGGACCAAGAAGAAGAACUCAGGAAUGAGGAGCAGCGUGAAGAGGCAGAGAAUUCAAAUUUCGCCGUUGCAGGAAGCGAGACUCUACUUCGCAAAAUCGCAGACCGAGAUCAAUUCUCUGUUCACCUGUGGGAUAUUGAGCCAAUGUGCAGUGUUGUCGGUAUUGGCGACGAUGACCUCGCACCAACAGUCAUACUAGACAGAUGUCGUGGUAUUCCCAUUCGGUGGAAGAACUUCCCCAGAUUGAAUUAUGCAAAGGAUCUCAGUAGUUUCCGCGCAACAUUAUCACAACAGCUUGUCUAUUGUGGUGCGUGGUUCCUGUUGACUGGAUUUGGUCUUUUCGCAUCGGCAAUGUCUCUCAAGUUCUCCAUUCUAGCCGACUCUUCCUCCUCUUCACCCGUGAACGUAAGUCUCUACCUUCUAGGUGUCGCAAUUUUUGUCGUCGUAGCCUGGAUCAUUUCAUGGUUCAGUCCGUGGGCAGUGCGACAGCUUUGCAACGGCGGCACCUCGGGUACCUCGUGUCAUCUUGUCGGGUUUGAGGGUACGAUGUCGCUAAGAGAUAUCGAAAUAAGCAUAUAUGGAAACUUCAACCAGCGUCUUGAUUACGCAGCCUCGUCAACCAUCUUCUCCAAGAACUUGCGCCACCCCAAGACUCGAAGGGGCUUGGAGCCGGCCUCGUGGGAGGAAGAAGCCAAGCGUGUUGGCAUUCCUCCCGGGCACCGCCUGUUCACUAUCGUAGAUACAGGAGACAUGACCGUGUCAGUGAUCGCUGCAGAGAGACCGCCUGUGGUGGCUUUGAUCUGUGGUCGUGAAGGUGGCAUGGUCCGCUCUGUGUUGUGCAGUUGGCGAUUCGAACAGAACUGUCUCUAUCGCGAAACUGUUAUGCGGAUGCGCAGCUCUGUCGAGGACUCGGCUACGCCAAAUGACUGGCUGAAGAUCAGUUUGGCGAGCCAGGGAGAUGUAAGUCGGGCUCGAUUGAGACAAAUGCAACAAAAGAAGAACAAACUCGAAGAUUGGGCUCAUUCUUCACCUCCUCCCCCUCCACCACCUAAGGACCGAGUGCAUAUGGUACAGGAGUCGAUAGUCAGCAUACAGCAGCAUGGUUCCGCUGAGAUGUGA